AAUACAGUGUAUCUGGCACGGAGACUACAUGUUCUCUUAAACACCUAACCCUAAACAUCCUUGGAAAGCAAGUCUUUACCAGCUGUUAAAACAUGAUACAAUUAUAAUAUUAUGCAUGGGCUCACCGCCAAGUAGUUCCUCCUUAUGACUUUGCCAUGUGCGUUUGUCAUUUGUAGAAGCAAUCAACGUUACCAUAACAACUCUUAUGUUUAUACAUUUUCAUUAAGACCGUCUCCUAGUUACUGGUUUCAACACUUGGUCACUGUUGCCCUCUGGAGACACGAAAUUAGGUGACAAGGUUCAAUAAUGACCUGUGAUUCAAUUUGCCUUCUUGUUUGUCUGCGUCGGUGUGAGCCAGCGAGGCGCGCUCGCCCUUGCUCACGGGUGCUGAUUGCUCUUGAGCUGAAUCGGGAAAGGAGGAGUGUGCAAGGUUGAUUGACGUAGUUACCACAGCAACGUCAGCACUCCGCUCUUGACUAGGCGGAGGAACUUCAGCGAGAGCCAAUCACAAACAUGAAAACGGUCGUUACUGGCCUCUAGUUAAUGAUAAUAUCAACAUGAAUCACACACACGGAGGGUGGUGGCUUGUUUUCAAGAGUUGAUGCUGCCAGCGGAGACACGUUUGGCCCAGACGACUAGUAGAUGCUUUGAGGAUUCAUCUUGGUUUUGCUCAGCUGACGGAGUCCAUGCGCCAGACUUAAAGGCUCCUCGAGAACGAGAAACUUGUCUUCUCUGUAGAUUAGUUCCGACGUUACCAUACUUUUACCAUUCUGGGUUAGCCCCACAAAGCAAGCAGAACCCAUGAUUGUAGGCCAUAUGAACGACAGUGUGGCUGGCCUCCACCAUUCCGUACUCCCCACCAUGUUGGCUCAAACUUCAUGCCCAAACGUCAAUCCUUCUUCUCCCAGCCCUAUGCUUCCGUCGUUCGGAUUCACGCAAGAACAGGUAGCUUGUGUCUGUGAGGUGCUUCAACAGUCCGGUAACAUGGAGAGGCUUGGCCGGUUCCUCUGGUCACUACCGGCCUGCGAACAUCUUCAAAAAAACGAGAGCGUGCUAAAAGCCAAAGCCUUGGUCGCCUUUCACCGAGGCAACUUCAAAGAACUGUAUCGGAUCCUGGAGAGCCACAACUUCUCGCCGGCAUCACACUCCAAACUACAGGGGCUCUGGCUCCAAGCUCAUUACACCGAAGCCGAGAGGAUCCGCGGCCGACCUCUGGGUGCGGUCGGCAAGUACAGAAUCCGUCGGAAGUUCCCGCUACCUCGAACGAUCUGGGACGGGGAGGAAACUAGUUACUGCUUCAAGGAAAAGUCACGGAACGUGCUCCGCGACUGGUACUCGCACAAUCCUUACCCUUCUCCGCGUGAAAAGCGCGAACUAGCUGAUGCGACUGGACUGACCACUACCCAGGUUAGCAACUGGUUCAAAAACAGAAGACAGAGGGACAGAGCGGCUGAAGCAAAAGACAGGGACGUGGGUGAGAAAGGGAAAAGUGUCGAUUCGACCAAGGGCACGGAAGCAGACGGCUCGGGAAAGGACGAUCACAAAGGAGCAACAGAUCACCGGCACUUACUCCAGAACUCCGACUCCGAGCCAGCUAGCAGCCCUGAUGGCAUCUUUGGCACGGAGUUGAAACCGACGGGCAUGAGCAUCGCUGCUCAAAAUCCUAUACUACAGCACCACCCCGUCUCUACCAUAUCGCCAACUUCGUCGGUCGGAGUCAGUCAAAACGCCGCUGUAAGUGGCGCUUUCCGACUAAACCACACGCCGGAGUUUCCAACGACAAUGCACGGAGUUCUGUUGCAUCCGCAGCUCGGAGACUUCGGAUUAGGCCUACCGACCGAUUAUCAUGCUUUAUGACGGUCAGUGGCGGGUUCUGUCCGAUGGUAGAGCCAAGGUGUCCGGCCAGUACCCGCCGUCACUCGGUACUUUAACCUCCUGUGUGUUUCUUUAUUUCCAUGUUAGAAUAUUCAAUGUGAGCCGAUGCUCUGUACUUUACGAUUAAUUUAUAAAAUGGACAAGGGCCAUUAGCAGCCGCCAUGUUUGUGAACGUGUAAAAGAAUAAAGUCAUUUCUGAUACAUUUAUUAAUGUAAACUACGUAGAGGGUGUACCUCACACAUUUACCUUUAAGUCUAUGUGUACAAAUGUAGAUGAUAGUUAUAUCCCAUAGAUAGAUUUGAACUUGUAAACAUUAUGGCCGUCUCUUACUUAGCUUCUAGAAUAUUAACGUUUACUCUGUGUUAAUUACAAUUAAAUGAAAAAUAAGGUAACAUAUGCCUUACAGAGGUGAACAUAAUGGUAAUGAAUAAUCAUAUCAGUAUAAAACUUUUCUAUGUGCCAGAGAAAUGAUAACUUUUUAUUGCUUUCGUAAAAAAAAAAAAAAUAGUAAAGGAAAUGACUUAACUCGUAACAUUUUCAAAUCUUGGUUUAAUCGAAAACAAAAAUAUCGUUCUCUUACGGUAACAAUGUUAGCGAUUGAGACUUGGAACGAAAAAACUUUGUAUGGGUUAUCUCUUAGUUAAUGGCAGAUAUUUGUAAUUAUACUUUGAAGUUUGAUACAUAUGUAUUUUGGAGGUUUUUUUUUAACUAGUUAGCAGCGUCAGUUAUAAAAACGAUUUAAAAGUAAGGGUUAAAACUGAAAAUUUGGCGCGGAUAUUCAAAGCCCAUUGAAACAGUUCUUUUAAAAUUACCGGCCAAUGGAUAACAUAUCUUUUCUGACGUAGGUAUUUACUAUUAAACAAUUGGUCAAAUAAUAGCGAUAAAAAUCACACAAAACUUCAGAUGUUUUGUUUGUUUUAUAUUUUUAUCAUUAGUUUUAGGCCUGUUGGUUUCAUUGAUAAUAUAAUAUUAUAUUCUAUACAUCCACGUUGUACUCUCUUCGUCACGUCAACCCUAAAACCAGAUGGCGCUUCUUGCUUUAUUCAUUUUAGGAAUUAAGCACAACGGACCGCCAACUGUGCUGUGUUCACCUCGAGGAUCAACCCCCGAAUUUUAGCUUUAAAUGUUCUCAAACGUACCACUGAGCCAUCGAGAGGGCGCUGUAUUCCCUUUACGUUUUCUAGUUUUCCGUUAUGACUGGCAUGAACUUCGGAUUCCGUGACUAAUUACAGAACGAAAAAUAAUAAUUAUAAAAUUUAGCUGUUCUUCACAUAAACCAGGUAAAUAUUUUUGUUUUGGUAAUGACGUAACUUGCAGCUUACUUUUACAGGCUUUAAAAAAAUAACAAAAAAGUCAUAAAUAAGAAAGAUAAACACACUCACAUAUCACAUACUGUGCCUUUAUUACCUACCUUGUUGUUGACGUCUUCUUUAAUGAUAGUGGCAUCUGUAUUUUUUGGCCAAAGCCAUUUAAAACGUGAAACAAAAACACUAGUGAAAGAUGGUAGCCUGUUUUAUAUAUAUUCCAAGGCUAAUCUUUCAGCUAUAUAUGUAUAGAAGAUUGCCUUAAUGAGGUAUAUAAAGGCGUAUCAGGAACAAGAAGUAACUCAAUCCAGAAUAUAACAUAAAAAUGUCGACCAACUAAUCGUAGAGCAAAAUAUUACUUCUUGUGGAAGAAACUUAACAAAAUAAAUACUUUCGGGCUAACUUUAUAAUGCAUUUGUCGAAGGCAAGUUUUUCAAAGACAGAUUCGAAUUAUAUCUCACGUAUAAGGUAGAGCUCCAAUCUUAAAUUGGUUUGUCGAUCUCUGUAGCUCAGCAGCCAGCUUGAGGGCAUUAUAACACUGAAGUGUGAGGUUCGAUCCCCUGCAGUGGGCAUAGCACAGUUAACCCAUUGCGUAGCUUGGCACUCAAAUCAAACAAAACAAAAUUGUUCUCAAUACUAUCUGUAUAAUAACUUUUACUUGUUAACAGACUGUCAAUUUUUUUUUUCUCAAAACUUUUUGAAAACAAAACAAAACAUAUGCUCAUUCAUUUUCGAUUAUAACAUGAAAACUUGAGGUUAUUAUUAUUAAUCGAUCCAGAGCACGAACUUGCAUGUAAUGCUAAGUUUAUCUACAAAAUGUAAGACUCAAACGUCAGGUUACAUUUCAACGAAUAUUUAAUAUUUUUGAAAGUUUGUUUUAUUUGUUUGUUUUCUGCACAAACAGACUUGCCUGAAUCUACAAAUGUAACGUUAAAACUGUUUGGAGUGUGAGUAAACCUCAGUAUUUUAGGCUUAAGGAUUAGUAGUUGAACAAACCAACUUUUCAUAAUUAUUUAAAUGUUGAGGUAUCCAGAUGGUGUGAAUGUUGAAUAUUUUCCCACCAGUUGGGUCUGUAAAUAGCACAUUAAGUCCUUUCCAGUUUAAUGGUAGUAUCCAAACUUAGAUAGAGUUAAAACUGUUACUUCAUACAGAUGGCGAACCAGUCGUUCCGUAUUUAAGUUAUAACAACUAUCAAACGUUUGUCUGUGUGUGCGAAAAUUAUAUGUUGAUAAUUUACCUGGUGUGUAUAUUAUAUGUAAUUCAGCACAAAGUGUUGUGUAAAUAAAUUUAAAACAUUCUUGAA